CAUUUGUCUACAUACUGCUUCAUUCGUUCUUGACCAUCAUCUCAUCAGCAUCAGCAUCUUCCGUCUCAACUAUGGAUCAAGAUCAAGCUUCUGAUGUGGUCAACCAGUUCGUUUCCAUCACUGGAAGUAGUACCGAUCAAGCCCGAUUCUUUGUUGAUUCUGCCGGCGGAAAUUUAGAUACCGCCUUAUCGACCUAUUUUGAGACCGUCGGUACUACUCAGGCUCCCACUGCCCCGACUGUGUCCACGGCACCAAUCGCCCCAACUGGACCUACAACAUUGUCCGGUGAAGCGGCCGACGAAAUGCCUGCUGAGUGGAAGAGGCCAUCGGGUGGCUCUAACAAGUCGUCUAUCCGACAGCCACCUCGCUCGGGGGGCAUAAAAACAUUUGGUGAUCUUAGCGGGAGCUCGGCCCCUUCUACUUCUUCCCGAGUGCGCGGUAUCUCAACUCUCAAGGAUAUCAACUCCGCUGCCGGGAUGUCAGGUGGUGGUGAUAUGAGCGAGGAUGACGAUGAUGAGGACGAUGGACCGGCUGAUUUAUAUGCUGGAGGUGGAAGGAGUGGGCUAAACGUUCAAGAUCCAAAUCAACAGAGUAGCGGGAAGGCAGGAGGAAUAGUCGCCGAUAUCCUUAAGAAAGCAAAAGAGGCUGGUAGCGCCCCUCCACUAUCAGCCACCAAUGCUACGUCCAGCAAGUCUCCGUUUUUCCAGGGGUCCGCGCAAACGUUGGGUUCUGAUCAGGUACCCUCGCGACCGGUCGUACCGCCACCUGCCCCUGGGACUGCUCGACAAAAGGCCUUCCGCACUGCUUUGCCUGUACCCGGUCAUUUUGGUAGCGACGUCGAGGACGAUGAUGAUGAAAAUGAUGAGGAAGAGGAGGAAGUCGAAAAGCAUUUAACUUUCUGGAAAGACGGUUUCUCGAUCGAGGAUGGCCCUUUAAUGAGCUAUGACGAUCCCAAGAAUAAAGAGAUCUUAGAUGCUAUUAAUCGUGGGCGCGCUCCACUUGACUUGUUGGGCGUUCGAUUGAAUCAACGAGUGACGAUGCGAGUACAAAAGCGAUUGUCGGAGAAUUAUAUUCCACCACCCAAACCACCAUCAAAGCCCUUUGGAGGAACUGGCAACCGACUCGGUAGUCCACUGCCCGCUAACAUGGUCCGCGCGGCUGAACCAUCAUCACAAGCUGCUCAGACCGUAACUACUCAGACUUCAACUCAGCCUUCGAUGAUCUUUGAGGUGGAUAACAGUCUACCAGUCACUAGCGUCCAGAUUCGUUUAUCAGAUGGCUCACGUAUGGUUACCAGAUUCAACCAUACUCAUACCGUUGGUGACAUUCGGCGCCAUAUCGCAUUGUCUAAUCCGGCGUUAGCUACACGGCCUUACGCCUUGCAGACGACAUUUCCGUCUAGAGAUUUAACUGAUGACAACCAGACAAUAAAAGAAGCAGGUGUGCUUGGGGCAGUAGUCAUACAGAGAUACAUGUAGGCGGUAGUCCGCCGUGAACGGGUUGAGCGGGAUGAUGAAAGUGUUUUUAAUACGUAAACUAAAACUGAGAGUGCUUUACUCAACAGCGCACACAAUUGCGGUUUCUCAUCUGUAUCAUCUUGUCUUGUCUAUAGAAAGGAAACCUCUCAGUCACAAAUUAACACAAACAAUCUAUGCAGCUUGCUUGCGUUGAUAUCCCAUCUUUACUCUGUUAAAGAGAUCCGAUUAACUCUUUUUUUUUUUUGCCCUCAAUGAAAUCGAUUCUUUGUUUCUGCGUGAUGCCAUUUUAACGUACUCGAUCAGAUUCUUUGUAAGUAGGCUUGAAUCUGAUAGACCAAAUUCAAGAAACACCCAAAAGAUUUGCCUCGUACCUGAGGCUUUGGCAAUAUUCAAUCCAG